AAUCCGGCUUAAAUUUUUCUCCAGCAGUUUCGCGGGUAAGGUCAAGGAAAUUAACUGUAGUUAAAAUGAUGCAACAGUUGUUGACGUUGGGUCAGUGAGAACAUUGUAUAAAAGCGCAGACAGGUUGGAUGAGAAACCGAAAGUAAGAGUUUUCGUUCAGAUAUUUACAUUCCAAAAUGCCGGGUGAUACUUGCCAGCCGAUAGAACGGCCUGAUAAAGAUGCUCAUUGGUGGUGGAAAGAGCCCGCUUAUUCUCCGAAUCAGGAUAUUCCAAAUGGUAAAAAUGGAGAAGGAAAUUCUUUAAAAGAAUCAGAAGAAAGAAAUCGUCAUGCAACUGUCAUACUAUUCUCCCUCAUUGAAGAAUGUGGGGCUCUGGCGGAAGCACUUCGAAUAUUUAAGGAAAAUAAGAUCAAUCUGAAUCACAUUGAAUCAAGAUCUUCCAAGAGAUUGGGUGACAGCUAUGAGUUCUUGGUGGAAUGUGAUUCCCGAUAUGGAAAUCUCAAUGAAGCAAUGGAACAAAUUAAAUCUGUAUCACAGUACAUGACGGUUAUCUCAAAAGAUUACAAGGAAAAUAAAGAAACUGUUCCAUGGUUUCCUGGAAAAAUCAAAGAUCUUGAUAAAUUUGCCAAUCAUAUUCUAUCAUAUGGAGCUGAGCUAGAUUCAGAUCACCCUGGCUUCACUGAUCCAGUUUACAGAGAGAGAAGGAAAUAUUUCGCUGAUAUUGCUUUCUUUUAUAAACAUGGACAGACCAUUCCAAGAAUCGAAUAUACAGAAGAAGAAACUAAAACUUGGGGUACAGUGUUCAAAGAGCUAAUAAAAUUGUACCCUACACAUGCCUGCAAGGAGCACAAUCAUAUAUUUCCAUUAAUGAUUGAAAACUGCGGUUAUAGGGAAGAUAAUAUUCCUCAACUGGAAGAUGUAUCAAAUUUUUUGAAAGAUUGCACAGGGUUCACUCUACGUCCAGUUGCUGGUCUACUCAGUUCCAGGGAUUUCCUAGCUGGUCUUGCUUUCAGAGUUUUCCACUCAACACAAUAUAUUAGACAUCCUUCAAAACCUUUCUACACCCCAGAACCGGAUAUAUGUCACGAACUGCUUGGACAUGCUCCAUUGUUUGCUGAUCCAGAUUUUGCCCGAUUUUCUCAAGAGAUUGGUUUGGCCUCCUUAGGAGCACCGGACGAAUACAUAGAAAAGUUAGCUACGUGCUAUUGGUUUACAGUUGAAUUUGGUCUAUGUAAACAGAAUGGAAAAAUGAAAGCUUACGGUGCAGGUCUUCUGUCCUCGUUUGGUGAAUUGGAAUAUUGUCUUUCAGGUAAACCAAUGAUAAAAGAUUUUGAUCCACCGACAACAGGUUGCACGAAAUAUCCAAUCACGGAAUAUCAACCCCUUUACUAUUUAGCCGAGAGCUUUGACGAUGCGCAAAGAAAAGUUAGGGAAUUUGCUUUAUCUAUACCUAGACCUUUUACUGUUCGUUACAAUGCCUACACUCAACAUGUUGAAAUCCUUGACGCCAAACCUCAAGUGGAAGGAUUAGCUAGAGAUUUACGCUCUGAAAUGGAACUUCUCAUGGAUGCUCUGAGAAAAAUUUAAAUGUCUAAUGUCUGCUGGCCAUCAUUAAGGAUGGAGAAUUAAACAUUAGAGUACUAGAAUUCUCAGUGAUUAGCUUAUUAUUUGUAUAGUACACAACUUAAAUGAAGAAAGUUUCACGACGUAUAAUUGCAAAAGAACUUCGUUUGUUUUUAUUUAUACUCUGUAUCAUUUUCAAAUAUUGUCACUGAUUAAUGUUGUACAAAUGAUAGUAUUUUAUAAGCUUGUAUGAAUUAUGUAUAAAGAUUUAAAAAUCUCCA